UACCAGAUUGAAGAAUGGCAGCGUUCAUGGAAGAAGAUGGUCUUGCAUCUGAAGAUUUAUAUGCUGUUUUAAACGUUGACCGAAAUGCUAGUACAGAUGAAAUCAACACUGCCUUUCGUAGAUUUAGUAAAAUCUUCCACCCAGACAAACAUUUAGAUGAUAAAAAGAAAAAGCAUGCAGAAAACAUGUUCAAUAAAAUCAAGAAGGCUCAUGAAGUUUUAACAGAUCCUAACAAAAGACCAGUCUAUGACCAAUUUGGAAUGAAAGGUUUAGAAAUAGAAGGCAUGGAGUUAAUAUCAAAAUCAAAGUCAGCAGCUGAAAUAAUUGCUGAGUUAGCGAAACAAGAGGAGGAAAGAAAAUUACAACAGAUGACUAAUCCAAGGGGUCAAGUAGUUAUAGAACUCAACGCCUCUGAUUUAUUUUAUAAUGAAGAAUAUAAAGAAUACAGUUCUGGUUUAAGUGGUUUAGAGGUUAGUAGUAUGAGUUUAGUACAAACUGUGGAAUGUCCUCUUACACGGCGAGACACAGUCAGACUUGGUGGUAACGUGACGGCACAGAAUGGAAAUGGACAGGGAAUGUUUACAACAGUAUGGAGAAGGGUGUGGUCAGCUAAAGGUUGGAAUGAGUUUCAAGUGUCCAUUGGUAAUGGUUUUAGAGGAGGAUUGCAGGCUUUUUAUCAAAUUAACAGAAGAUGCUUUUGUGUAGGGUCAGUAUCAAUUUUAGCAGUGCCAAAUGGAAUAAAACCUGGAUUGUCAACAGUGAUAGCAUGGCAACUGGACAAAAAUUUACAAGGAAAAAUGCUUUUUAAUGCCAGUAUGUCGUCCUCCUCAGUGAAAACUCUGCUUAUAUUUGAACAUCAACCUUACACAGCUAAAUUAUCAUUACAGUUAGGGUUACAGAUGGGGAUACCAGCAAAUUUCAUUCAGGCUGCUUUAUCUAGAAAAUUUAAAUCGCAUGAUGCUGAGGUUCGUGUAGCAGGGAAGCUUGGUACAAUAGAAAGUUAUAUUGAAUAUGGUAUUCAGAAAAAAAUCUCACAGUUCAGCUGGAUUGGUGCUAAAAUGAUGAUAGGAAUUCCUUUUGGGGUAUAUGUACAAAUCAGACUAGUAAGAGGACAACAGACUUUUGUUUUUCCGGUGAAAUUGUCAGAACACAUAAUGCCCAAUGUUGUAUUCUAUGGAACAUUUUUCCCUGUGGUUGUAUAUUUUGCUGUACGUAAACUUGUUGUGACACCCUACCUCAAAGAGCAGGAAGAAGAAGAAUUGGAGAAGAGGAAGAAAGACCAUGCGGAGACUUAUGCCCAACAAAAAGAAGAGGCUGAAUCUGCAAUAGAACUGAUGAUGGGAACAGUGGAGAGAAUUAUAGAAACUGAGGAAAGUAAAAGCGGUCUAAUUAUAACCAAAGCUGUUUAUGGUAGACUUCUGUCAGAAGGGGAAUUAUCUGAAGAUGAAUGUAUAAAUGUGACCAUUCCUUUACAAUGUCUAGUCAAGGAUUCCAGACUACAGCUACCAGAAAGUAAAUCUAAGGCUGAUAUCCCAGGUUUUUAUGAUCCUUGUCCAGGUGUUGCCAAAUCACUUUAUAUACAAUACAGAUUUAGAGACCAACUUCAUGAAACAACAGUACCAGAUGAAGAACCAAUCAGAUUACCUUUACAAAGUCAUUUAAUAAGUGAAGAUUCUGGAGGUGUAUGACAUAAGGAAGAUAGUUAGAGAAAACUUGUGUGCCAAUCUGUACUCUAUACAAACCAGCUGACUGAAGGACUCUAAACUGAGUCUGUUUUAUCACUGAACAGAACGGUUCCUGACAGAAUCUAAUCACUAGAGUGUUUACUACAGCUGGAUGUGGUUUCUGUUAUAUUGACAAAUCAAAAUAUAACAAUUAAUGAGAAGUUGUUGAAACAUGAUAAAUUACGUGUUGAAAGAUGAUCUGGUACUGAGAAUAUUUUGAUUAUUCAUUGUUAUGUUACUUCUUUCAAGAGACAAAACAUAGGAUUUGUUGUUCUGUUUUUUGUUUUCACAUAAAGUAUCAACACUGUUCAGUUUUCAAAUCAGGUUUUUUGUUGAACAUAUCUUGUUAAAUUAUUGAUAUUAUACCUAAA